UUAUGAGUAGUAAAAUCCUAAAUAAACCUGCGACUCCAAAACCCUAACCUUAACCCUAGCCUGCGACGCAAAGAGGAGUAGUCUUCCCGAAUCCUCGUAACAUCUUCAAUGGCAACUGUACCAGUUAAUCCAAAACCGUUCUUGAACAAUUUGACUGGAAAGCCUGUCAUUGUAAAACUCAAAUGGGGAAUGGAAUACAAAGGUUAUCUCGCCUCUGUAGAUUCGUACAUGAACUUGCAGCUGGCUAACACUGAAGAAUAUAUUGAGGGCCAAUUCACUGGAAAUCUCGGAGAGAUCCUAAUCAGAUGUAACAAUGUUCUUUAUCUUCGCGGGGUACCGGAGGAUGAACAAAUAGAGGAAGCUGCUCAAGACUAAGUAGUUAGUCAUUGCCCUCUGAAUAGAAUUCUGGUUUCUGUUUGGAUCUAUUGUUAUAAACCCUCGGCAGUUGGAUGCCCUUCCAGAAGUGUAGGUGGUUAUUUGAUGCAUACACUAACUCUAUCAUGUAAAAUAUGCUCACUUGAGCAGAUGCCAUCUCUGUGAAAUGUUUUUUUAGUUCAACUAAA